CCGGAGCUCUCUCUCCAGGACUUCAUAUCGCCCCGCCCCAGAGGAGGUCCGAUUCUGCCAGGGCUCGCCCCGCCUGCCAGCUCCACGUCCAUUGGCGUCCCUGUAUAGGGCCGGAGCAGAUCGCUCAGGAUGUUGGCCGCCGGCGCUGCGUAUCGGUUCUGCUGGCGGACUACGUGCGUUUGGAGGCUCGGCUCCUGCCGAGGUAGUCCGAGGCGGCUCCGGAGCAGCUGCCCAAGUCCAGAUACGGACAACGUCAAGCCCUUGGAUGGUGUGAAGAUUCUGGAUCUCACCAGAGUCCUGGCCGGGCCUUUCAGCACUAUGAACUUGGGAGACCUGGGAGCCGAGGUGAUCAAGGUGGAAAGACCAGGAGCUGGCGAUGAUACUCGCACCUGGGGGCCACCUUUCGUGGGAUUGGAGAGCAUUUAUUUUCUCAGUGUUAACCGGAAUAAAAAGAGCAUCUCGGUCAACAUUAAGCACCCGAAGGGGAGGCAGAUCAUCCGAGAGCUUGCAGCUGUUUGUGAUGUGUUGGUGGAGAACUAUGUUCCUGGCAAGCUGUCGGAGAUGGGUCUGGGCUAUGAAGACCUAAAGGAGGUUGCCCCUCAUAUCAUCUACUGCUCCAUCACAGGUUACGGGCAGACGGGCCCGAUGAGCGCCAGAGCCGGGUACGACGCCGUCGCUUCGGCCAUUUCUGGUCUCCUGCACAUCACCGGGCCGGAGGACGGCGAUCCCGUGCGUCCGGGCGUGGCCAUGACCGAUCUGGCCACGGGGCUGUUUGCGACGGGCUCCAUCCUGGCGGGGCUCCUGCAGAGGCACCGGACGGGCCGAGGCCUCCACAUCGACUGCAACCUGCUGUCCUCCCAGGCUUUUCGAACCAAGGACGGCUAUCUUGUGGUUGGAGCCGGGAAUGACCAGCACUUUGUGACCAUGUGCAAGGUCCUGAACCUGCCGUCGCUCCUCGGGGACCCCAGAUACAGAACGAACGCGCUCCGGGUCCAGAACCGGGCCGAGCUGGUGGCGCUGCUGUCGGCACGGUUUGCAGAGGAAAUGACCCGCACCUGGCUCAGUCGAUUCGAAGGCAGUGGGAUCCCAUAUGGCCCAAUCAACAGCAUGCAGGAAGUGUUUGCUGAGCCUCAGGGCAUCCAGAAUAUAAACCCUGGUGUCUGAUUUUGUCUUCAGAACAGCCCUGAGAGGUAGGUGCUCUUGCUAGUCCCACUUUACAGAUGAGGAGACUGAGGCAGGCAACACUUGGGGGACUUUCCCAGGGUCUGACAGCAUUGCAGGACUUCCCAAGUUCCACAUCCAGGGCUUAAUCUAUUAUACUGUGCAGAUCCUAUUGAAGGGGGAAAUGAGGAGACGAUGCAUGCCAGGUGGGUCUUGGGGCUCGGGGGGAAGGGAGGUGCCCAAAGCCUGACAUUAGAUCGUUGGGUUCCAUUAUAAGUUGGGCAUGGCACUUCUUCAUUAGAAUGAAGACGGACACGUUCAUUGGCUUUCAGCUGGCUGCGUGGCUCCAUUCUAGAAACACAAGAGAAAUCCCCCUAAUGGAGCCAUGGCCAGACAUGGAAGGUUGUGCUACAGGUGUUGCCAACAGGAGCCCAAGUGGAGGGAAACGUGGGAUUUAGAUUUGAGACUCAUGGGCCGCCAUGCUGCUUGGACCCAAACCUUAGCGAGAUGUACAUUCCACUCAUCAAAAAUGUCCCAAGAAAUACAUAAAAUCCUUGAGUUGUGUCAACUUCUAAAGUCAUUUCAUGUUUGAUUAUAAAUAACUUGCAGAAGACAAGUUUGUUUUUCUCAUCUAUUGGCUUUUUCCAUGAUUGUGAAAGAGAUUUAUAUGAAAAACAGACCUUUAAAAAAUCUAUUUCAAAGCUUUGUGUGUGUGUUUUUCCAUGACAUGUUUGUAAAGUUAAUAGAAUAAUUGAUAUUACUAAGAGAAUUCCAAAAGGGAGGGCUCUUCAGUCUUUGCAAUUAAGCCAUGGUGCCCAAGAUGACUUGUUUUAUUACUAUUUACUGAAUACUUGCAGUCUGCCCAGGGCAGUCAAAACACAAAACUAGACCGUGUGUUUAGAGUCUGAAUAAAAGCACAAGAGACUUUUAUUACCCACAAGUAGUACAAAUAAGGGAACUGAGGCAGAUAGAGAUGAAGGGCCUUGCCAGGGUUACACUGCUGGGAAAUGUCUGAGGGUUGGAUUUGAACUCGGGUCUUUUUGACUGCAUGUCUAGCCCUCUAUCCACAGUGUUGCCUCGCUGCCACUCCCUCAUAGCAUUUAAACCACAUGGCUUGUUGAGUACCCACUUGUUUCUUUAAGCAUCAUUUUCUCUAAAUCCUGUGGAAGGUCAGAACACACUCAGCAAAAUCUAAUUAACCAUCAUUAGGACAAGACUGAGGAAUUGCUAGAAACUUUAGCCCCAUCUUAGCAUUUAGAUCAUCCCUGGGUUAGUGUAUUCCACAGAGGUCAUUAGAAAGCAUGUGAGAGGUUCGGAAACUCAUCUUGACCCCUUUUAGUGAGUUAAAUGGGAGUUACUUAAGGAAGCUACAUGUAUUCCCACAGCACCAGAUCAGCAGCCUUCUGUCCCUCCAGUGCCUGGGCCGUGUGUGUGUGUGUGUGUGUGUGUGUGUCUGUCUGUCUGUCUUUCUGUCUGUCUGUCUGUGAGAUGUCCAGUUAUUUCAGUCAGGUUUCAACUCUUCAUGACCCCAUUUGGGGUUUUCUUAGGAAAAGUACUGGUGUGGUUUGCCAUUGCUUUCUCCAACUCAUUUUACAGAUGAGGAAACUUGCCCAGGGUCACAUGGCUAGUAAGUGUCCGAGGCCAGAUUUGAACUAAGGAAGAGUUUUCCUAAUUCCAGGCCUUGUGCCAUCUAACUAGUGCACAUAGUAGGUACUUAAUAAAUAUUUGAUUGAUUGGUUCAAAAUUGAGUUCAUUGAUAACACUGUCACAGUCCUGGGGGUUAAUUUUGACUUUUCAAAAGCAAUGCCAUUGUUCCGAUCCACUGCAUGGCAGUGGACUAUGACUUGGGGGCUAGGAAAAUCCCUAAAUAAUCAAACAGAAAAGCAGCAUGAAGCUCUGACUUGGUUGUGUUUAAGGGUGGCACUUUAAAGUUCAGGAGGAACUCAAGGUCCAGGAUGCUGAACCAACAGAUUGAGCAGAAGUUUGGACAAUGGCUGUUGGUUAGUAGACUCUGACUCUCUUUCCUUGGUAUUUGAGGUAAUCAUGAGAUGAGGUUGGUGUGGACCCUGGGGAGACUUUUCUAGCUUCCUUUUCUGGCCAUGGGCCAUUCUUCUAUGUCUCCUGGCCCUGAUCCUCUCACCUCUGUCUUUGGGGGUAAGUGAUCCCUCUCCCUCUCCAUCCCCUUCCCUGUUCUGCCUCCUCCUUCACCUUCUCUUUCUGUCUUUCUUCUUCUGGUUCUGGCUCUCUUGCUCUUGUUCUCACUGUUCUUGGUUUUCUUCUUGAUUUUGUUCAAGCUCUUCUCAUUCUUCAUCUUCUUGUUCUCAUUGUUCUUGGUCUUUUUGUUCAAGCUCUUCUCAUUCUUGUUCUGAGUGUUGUUCUUGGUUUUGUUCUUGUUCGUUUCCUUCUAAUCUUGCUCUUCUUGUUGGUUUUGUUCAAUCUCUUCUCAUUCUUCUUGUGCUUAUUUCCCCUGUUCUUGUUUUUCCUUGUUUUUGUUCUUCACCUUCAUCUUGGUGUUGGUGACUUUUGUAGCUCUUCUUGUUCCCUUUCUUUUCCUGCUCUUUUUCAGUGCCUUCUUUGGCUCCUUCCUCCUUCCCUCCUCUGGCAGCAUGGAUGAGUAGCCAUUGCAACAUUCCCUAAAGGUUUAGGAGUCACUUUGGAUAGAUGGGUCUCUUCCUUCUGAACCCAAGAGGUCUUCUCUAGGCCACCCUGACUCUCCCUUUCUCUCUAGAGCAAAGUCACAUCAUCAUGGGUAAGCAAGCUCAUGAGUAAGACUUACGAGGGCCUCAAGAGCCCUGGUGCCUCUACCCAUAUGGAAGUGCAACAGCUUGCAUAGCAGGUGGAAGGGGAGUGUCUGCCCCUUUCCUAGCAGUCCCCCCAACCUCCUGGGCAUUCCACAGCACAAUUAGCUCAGAAAACUGGAAUGGAUUGCUCAACUUCAAUUCCAUUCUUCCUUUCCCAUAAUUCUUAAAUGAGCAUUAAUAGGAGCUACCAUCUUGAAGAAACAUUUCUAAAUGGCAUAGAAUCAGUCCUGAAUUUAAAGACGCAUAAACAUGAGUGCAGUGGUUAGCCCCCCAUUUCUCCCAGCUGGUACCAGUCACCGCUGGUCACUGCCUGAGUCUAGAGGAGCCCUGGGAGGGCUGCCACCCACUUUCCUGAGUCUCUAGAUGUGGAGCUUAUCUCCUGAAAUAGGCUUCACCUCCUCCAGAAGGAGGCUCUUCGUCCUCUCGGGGUUUGCCAUUUGGCCCCCAAAUGCUCACCACUGGUGUCUAAUGAACAUGUCUCAUUCAGUUAAGCCCUCUGCAACUCCCCCCCCCCCCAGUCUUUUCCCUUUCACACAUUCUUCAAGCCAGCUCGCUACAUGGACCUAAUUGCUGUCCUUUGCACGUGGUCCCCUCAUCUCCUCUCUCCAGGUCUUUGCCCCAGCAGUCCACUAGGACUGGAAUGCUUGGCCCCUUCACCUCGUCUUCUUGGUUCAAGACUCUGCUCAAAGCUCCCCUUCUGCAGGAGGCCCUUUCUGCCCUGGAUCCCCUGCCCCAGCUGCUAAUACCUUCCCCGUUCAGAUCACUUUUAUUUAUUCUGGGUGGGGGUACAUGGAUAUACACACAUGCAUAGAUGCCUAUAUAUGCAUAUGAAAACAUGUCCAUAGGCGUGUGUGUGUGUGUGUGUGUGUGUGUGUGUGUGUGUGUGUGUGUGUGUGUAGAGCGAGGUAGGGCAGAGGAUAGAACUCUUGACUUGGAGUCAGGAAGACCUGAAUUCAAAUCCAGCCUCAGACACUUACUAGCUGUGUGAACCUGAGCAAGUCCCUUCAUUUGUCUCAGCUCUGUUUCCUCAUCGUAAAAUGGGUUUAACAGUAGAACCUGUCUCUUAGAUUUUGUCGUGAGAAUAAAAUAAGGCCAUAUUAUAAAAGUACUUUGUAAGCCUUAAAGGGCUAAAUCAGUGAGCUUUGGGGCAUAUUGGCAUGUGUUUAUGUACACGUAUUUAAUGAUAUAUAUUAAAUAUGUGACAGAGACAGAGAGAGGAGGAGAGAGGGAAGGAGGGAGAACAGCCAUCGCCCUCAUUCGCCUCCUUUUGGGGCAAGUCUAACAAGAGGAGCAUCGCAGCCCCUCAGACAAACCGCGUCUCCCCAGCGCUCAUCUCUGUGACUGAUUUAACCAGCCAGAAGGCUGUUCCCCCCUUAGGUCCUUGCCCUUAGAACAGGAACUGUUGUUUGUCAGAAUUAUUGCCCUGAACGGUCCCCGAACGCCCAUCCCUCUUGCUGGAUUAGAGCUGGGAAUUACAAAUCUAGUCUAAUACCGGAAUGUAACGUUUAAAGCCCCGUUAUCAGAAUAUGAUGCUAUUUUCAAACAAUUUUUUUGGCCUAUUUAUAAGUGGCUGGUUAUCUAGAGAGGAAAAUGGGACUGCCUGCUGUUGGAGCCUUUCCUCGUGUUUAAUUGGUAGCCAGACUUGGCCACUGAGGCAGAGCUGGCCAGUCUUCGGAGGUCAUCUGUCCCUGUCUCCUCUUGUUCAGUUGCCUCCAUCACUGCCUGCCCACCCAGAGGUUCUCCAUGAUCUCUUAUGGACAUGUUUAUCGCAGGCCUUCAUUUACACCUGGGGAAACUGAGGCUUGUGGAGGUAAGCUGAUAAGCCUCCCAGGUGCUACACAAACCACGAAGCACCCACCGAGGCUGGGAUUUUUGCCUGGAUCUCCUUUCUGGGCAUCUUUCACUUACUCCUUGGAAGUUUGGUAUGCCUGUCCAUGUUCACCGCAGGGAAGGCAGCUGGACGGGUUUGCUAGGAAGAAACAGAGCUUGUGAGCAGCUCUUGCUGGUCCUCCUCCUGCUGCUGCUGAUUAUUAUUAUUUUUUGAAAGAAAACAUCUUCCAGCCGCUGACACAUGUGUAAGAAUCCUGAAACUCACCCUGGGAAAUUUUAUCAAGCUUUAGGGAAUGAGAUUGUCUAGAGAAUGAACCUGGAUUUCCAUGGAAAAUGAAUGGAAUCAGAGGGUUCUCCAAGGCCGAUCAGGAGAGCUCUCCUUCAGACAUGAGGCGGUUCCCCCAGGAGUGUGAUCAUAAAAGUCCCAUCUGUUUCCAUCUCUGCGUGUACUUUCUAAGAACAGCAAAGGUGAUGGGCGGAUGGAGCCCAGGAGGAGGAGGGGGUUCUAUCUGGAGAGCAGAGUUCCGCUCUGUCGGUCUGAAAUUAGGGAAAAGAGGAAGUUACUUUUAUUCUUGUGGCAGGGGGGCCCCUUCUCCCUUUAUUCCUCCUUCUCUUCCUAAUUUAUAACCAUUUCCUGAUUGACUUUCAUGGUACAUGCUCCUCCACCCCCAUGUUACUUGAUUCCAAGGCAGCUAAAGGACAGGGCUGCUCUCAGAGCUUAGAUCUAGGUCCCUGCUUGCACACGGAUCCAGUGACUAAUGGAUCAUGGAAGAUGGAGAUGGCCUUCUCAGCUGGACAGAUGGAAGUGGGGAUGGAGACAGAGACAGACAGAGAUAGGCAGAGAGACAGUGACAGAUAGAGACAGAGACAGAGAGAUGGAGGGAGCCAGACAGAGCCAGAAGACAGUCAGAAGGAAAGAGGCAGACAGACAGAGAUGGAGAGAGGGUGAGAGAGAGAGAGAGACAGACAGACAGACAGACAGGGAGAGAAAGAGAGACAGACAGACAGACAGGGAGAGAGAGAGAGAAGAGAAGAGAGAGGGGGGGAAGGGAGAGAAUAUAUGAGAAUGUAGCUGUACCAUUGGUUUUCUUGGUCUCUAAGCUAGGCAUCAAAGUGUGUGAAAGAUGAGCAAAUGACAGCUUUGUCCUAAGGUCAGGGUUGUUUUCCUUUCCCAGACCUCUGUUCCCCAGCCUCACCCUGCAGUGGACACAGAAGGAAAAGGUGCUACCUUCCCUCUCUCAGCUCCUAUGCCCCUCCCUCCUGCCCCAGAGCUCCGUUUCCUGACCUCUUCCUCCUUAUAUUAAUCAGCCACCUCAGGGAUUUGAGAUUUCCUGACCUAAUCACAGGAUUUGGGAAAUCCCAAUCUCUGUUUCUCCUGAAUCCUCUGUUUAUAUAAAAUGUGCCUCUGAUUACUCAGUGGGUACAUUGGGGGCGUACCUGUGUGUCCUCACAUCUGUCAUUGCUGAGCCAGAGUUGGGGUGUUUCUGGUUUGUUUCCUCCAUAGUGUAAGUAAAUUAUUCCUUCUUGUCAGAGCUAACAUGAGAUAAUUCACUUUCAUUCAGAAUCAGCAAUGGGGUCAAGAUGUGAUUAAAAUAACAUCCAUAAAGACAGCCAUGUUUCAUAGGACUGGAGCAACACAUGUGAGAUUUACCUGUGUGGAUGGCUUCCAGGUGCUGUCUUGUCCCAUCCUUCAGUUCCAGCUCUUUGCUUUUUUGGGCAGGCACAGCUACUGUCUCAUGGGGACCUGGCACUUGGGCACCCCUGGGAGGGAGAAUGCUCAGAAUUCAGAUGACUAUUAAUAAUAAUAGUAACAAAAAACAAUCAUUUACAAAGUGCUUUAAACUGGGAGAAACAAACACCACAUAUUUUCUAAUUGGAUCCUCACCACAACUGGGUGAGAUGUUUUAAAGGCAUGGGAUUUGAACCCUAAUCUUCCUGGACAAAAAUCCAGUGCUCUGUUCAUUAUUCAGGCUGCUAUAUUCUCCUAAGAAAUUUGUUCAGAAAUAUGAUAUUCCAAUACCAUUGACAGCUUCCUUCCCUUCCCCACAUGUUGAAACUCUAUGGUGGAUAAAUGGAAUGCCCAAAGAACACUUACACUGUUUCUGAGGCAGUGAUGGAUCCCAUCACAGAGACUUGGUUACUUGUCCUAUCUUUGCAAAGUGGGAGUGAAUACUAGUGCUUGAUUCAGUGCCUUUAAAAAUCCCUAAAAUUUUCUUCCUUUAACCAAUUUGAUCUUUUUUAAAAAAUAUUUUCAGAUUUGUUUCUUUUUUAGUUGCAGAGUUACAUGUAGUAAUCAUAUAUUUUAUAAAUAGUAAAUUAUUGAAAUAGAAAUUUUAAAAAAUUAUUAACUAAACAUAAUUAUUAAUUAUAUAUUAUGUAUAAUAGUCAUUUUAUUUAAUAAAUUUAAUAGUUAUUCCAAGAUAUUUCUGCCCCUGCCUCCCCUUCCUACACCAUAGAAGGUAUCACCUGGUAAACAGAUCUAUCUGUCUAUCUAUCUGUCUGCCUGUCUGCCUGUCUAUCUAUCUGUCUGCCUAUCUAUCUAUCUAUCUAUCUAUCUAUCUAUCUAUCUAUCUAUCUAUCUACAUUCAGUUCCUUCUCUGGAGGUAGACCUUCUAAAGUUAUUCUUCAAAUAUUAAUUCUUUAGCUCUAUGUAAUUUUCUCUUGGUUGUAUUCAUUUUACUCUUCAUUAUUUCAUGUAUGUCUUUCCAAGUUUCUUUUUUUUAAGCUAACCUACUCAUUGUUUCUUAUGGCACAGUAGUAUUUCAUCAUAAUUAUAUCUAAUGAUUGGUCCAGCCAUUCACCAAUGGAUGGCCAUCCCCUCAGUUUCCAGUUCUUUGAGAGUUCUUUCAGAAUCACAAAGAGAGCUACUACAAAUUUCUUGGAAUUCCUAGUUUCUUUCCUUUCCCCCUGAUCUUCUCAGGAAACAGACCCAGAUAAGAUUGGUUUCUUCAAAAAGUAGCUAAUGUAUGUAAGCAUUCUCAUCCCUUUGGAAAGAUAGACACACAGCCUGACUUAUUUCUCUGAUAGUGAUUUCCUACUAGGGACUUUUGGAUCCCAGAGACUUCUUUCAUACGCUACUUGUUGGUCCAACUAGAAUCAAUUUGAACUGGAGUUUCCUUUUACUGAAAGUAUGUGAACUGUGAUGGCAAACCUAUGGCAUGUGUGCCACAGAUGGCCCACAGAGUCGUCUCUGUGGGCAUACACACCAUUGCCUGCCAGAGUUUGUUACUAGAAAGGCAGAGGGACUAGGACCAAGCUGCUCCACUUCCCAUUUCCACCACACCUGAGGACAUUUCUUAAUUCGUCCAACCCUCUGCCCUGUACAGCCCAAUGGGAGUGCUUCCUCCCUUCUGUCUGGAGUAAGGUGGGGGUGUGAGAAGGAGGGACACUUGGACUCUAGGGUGGGCGGGGCAUAACAUGUGGUCUCUAAAAAGGUUUUCCAUCAUUGCCCUAGAACCUCUUCUCCCCAGCCCUUACUAUUUGCUUCUCUCUCCAUUCUCCCUUUAGCCCUCUCAUUCACUCCCAUGACUUCUGAAGCUACUUCCCUAAACUCUAUCUCCAGUCCUGACUUCUCAGCUAGCCCCACAGACCUAUAGUCAUACAGGCAACAAGCAAUAAACACUCUUUAUUUAGGGAGUCACAGAUCUACCAUAGUGAGGAGAUGCCUCCUUAGUCUCUAGACAUUCGGGGACAAUGAAAUGUUUCUGUAAAAAAUUGUAGAAAACAGGUCUUUUAUAUGAAAACAAAGAGGAAGAAGAGCUUGGAAAGAGGCAGAAGAUAAUCCUGGCAUCUGUCAGGGAGUGGAAGGGAGGAAAAUUGUGACAAGGAGGAGAAAGAGAAGAAGGAACACAGAACACUUGGAUCAAAGAAAUAAUUUGAGGUCUUUCCCCAAGGGGAGGGAGAAGACUCUCUGACUAAUCUCUGCAUUCAGCAUAGUCUCUGAAUCCCUAGUGCCUGCUUGCUCUCUAAUAAAUGAAGCUGGGGAUUCCCCAAAUGCUCUCAGUUGAGGGUCACCAAGGAAGGGGCUGUAGAAGAGGUAAGAUCAGAGGCUGCCACGGCCUUUAGUGUUGGGAGCAGCACAAUGAUGUGGGCUCCCUUCCUGGGACAGGAAAUCACUCAAGACUUAGGAAAUUGAUAACUGAUAGCCUCUUCUGUUGGUUACUGUGAUGACCAGGAUCACACCCGAAGGAGUCUGGGAAGCAUUGCUGCUAACUCUUGGGAAGUCCUCGUGAACGCCUGAAGGCAGCCAGGCCACGGUGCUUUUUUAACAUUUUUGUUUCUGUUGCUGAUCAAAGUCAAAGACUUCAGGAGAAAAUAAGGAGUUGGGAAGUAAAUAGCUGAUGAUGAAGAUGGUAGCUGGAGAUGGGCUGCGGAUUUAAAUACAAAUCGAUUAAACAGACCUAUCUAUCCACAUCCAUGCACUAAUAUUUAUUAAACAUCUACCGUGUGUGCAAGGCCCUGGAUUAGACAUCGAGAAUAAAGAGACAAAAGCCAAGCUCUCUUCUCCCACCUCUCAAGGAGACGACAUACCUUUUUAUUUCUUCGUUCCAUGGACAUUUAUUGGCCACCCAACGGGAAGGGAAUGGAACAGCAUCCCCUCCCAACUGCCUAAACUUCAGAGAAGCUGUUAGUGUUCCAGGUCCCAGAAUCCACCUUGUUCUUCCAUUUCAUCUUACUUUCUGUUGGGGAGGGGGUCAACAAUGGCAGACCUUUCCUCCGAGAUGGGCUCCCCUUGUGUGUUGUUUUUGCCAUUAGCCUGGGAGCUGUGGGAGCCCAGGGUCUGGUGGCCUUUUGCCUUCGUGUCCCUGACACACGGCUGGGGACGUGGUUCCAUUCAUCCUUCGUUUUGAAGAGGGCCAGACAACGCGGCGGGAUGGUGGACUUGCUCAUGAGUACUGCUUGGCUUGAUUUGGAUUUCCAAGUCAGCGAGGACCCAACACCCUCACGCUCCGGACUCGGAGGAAUUGGUUCCAAGUUUGGGAGAGACCUUAAAAAUUCAAUAUCCAGAGACUCGUCCUCCCUUUAUAAAGAGUUUGCUCUGGGAAUGAUCACGGAUGUUGCUCACGCCCCAGGUUCCACAAAUGUGGAUCUAAGCAUCAGCCACCAGGCAUUUCCUUGGGCCUCCACUAGGUCAGUGUUGAUUAGUGAAGAACUGAAGGCCUCAGUGGAAGUCCAGUGGUGGGGCAGGAGCCAAGAUGGCCUCUUCUUGGCGCCUCCCUUUGGGGGGGGGUGCACGCGAGCCUGAACUUUUCUUCAAAGGCGUCCCCGCGGCUUCAGGAAUCUUCUGAAUAAUCCAGCUGAAAAAAGGGACAAAAGAUGCAGACACACAAAUGUACAAGUAAGGGAACGAUUAACCUAACUGGCGAUCAUUUUGUCCAGGUUCCUGUCAUCCUCCACUGGAACAAAGUCCAUUUUAAUGGUUUUAUGCUAUUUAUGAAACGUGUCCAGACGGAUCUGCCGGGUUUGGGCUCAUUGACAAGCUGGUCUCCAGCCAGGUGCCCCAGCGUCUUGGGCCUUGCAGAGCCCCCUCCAGGGAGCCGUAACACCCCCCAUGAGAAGUCCUUAAAAGAACGUCCCACAGAGCUCUCCAGGGCUGCCUUUCCCCUUCCAUCCCCUCACAGGCCCCUGGAAGUCUGGGGAGCGUAGAUUUGGGGACCGAGCCAUAAAGAUGGCUGUCCGGUGCCCUUGGUCAUUGGGUUGGGGUUCCAUGAUGGCUGGCUCCCCUCUGGGGGGCUCCGGUGGCACCAAGUGGGCUGGGCCCUACCUCGUCAUUCGCCCACGGAGGAGGAUUUCUUUGGGUGCUCUGCUCGCUCCUCCCCCUCACCCCAGGACAUCCUUGUUUGCAUCAUCACCAGCCCAAUACAGGGAAGGGCGGAGGGUCUUGUUUUAGGAGAUAUAAAGCAGUUCACAUAAGAUUCUAAAGCUGAAUAUGAAAGGAAUCACAUGGCUAUGCAGCCAGCAAUAUAUUGCUUUUCUCCCCU